CAGAAGUAGGCAGUGCGAACGUAAAUUUGAUGUAACGCAUGUGCGCGCAUUUUUGUCUUGCGUGACGACUUAUUCAGCAUAAUGAUAACAUAAAUGGAGGUUCAUGUUUGCAGAGUGCAGGAAGACGUGCCUCGUGAUGUGGUGCCCAGACUUCCAAGAUCCCAACACAAACAGCUAUAUCAAGUACAAUUUGAGGGACCCAGAUGACAAAUUUCCGUGCGCAAAACUAUGGUGUCCUGCAGUUAAACAAGUUUCGCAGAACAAGUACCUGUGUCGUGCAGCCUUCGAUCCUGAAUUAUCAGCGACAACGACAACGGCUACGACUGAAGGAACAGAAGAACAAGAAGAACCAAGCACAGUCCCUCCGUCCUCUGGAGACAAGCAGGUACCAAUAGACAAAAAUCCUGUUCCGAGUGAACAACCAAAGACACACAAGGAAGAAAAAGUCGCAAUUGGGAAGCCUUGGUUUAGCUACUACUCUGAAGACUGCAAGAAGAAAGAUGGAAGUAAUGCACCUGACGGAAAACUGUGUUUGAUUACACCUGCCAGACAUAAGCUUGGAACAGGCCAUGGGUGUUAUACCGGAAAGUGUAAAAAUGGCCGAUGUGUAAAUGCAGCCUAUUCUAGAUGCGCAACUAUGUAGGACUUACACAGCUGUGAAUAAAUAUUCUCUGCAAAUUAGCGUUGCCAAAAUAUCAUGUGCUCAAAUGUAUGACUUUGCAACUACCGCCUGAAGCAGGUGGAAAUAAAAUGAACUCGCUGCAAGAAAAUUGCACUGUUUCCUAGACUGAAAAAUAAACAGUUUCAUCGAAUACUGUUUCUGCUAAAAGUUUUUUGGCAUUACCUCAGAGAGUGCUGUUCUA